AUGUUGGCCCUUACAGCAGGAAAUCUGUGCUAUAAGGGAUAUCUGGUUGAUACAGAAAGUCGCUGGCAUGCCACAGAUGCGUUGAACGAUAAUCGAACGAUGGAAGAAAUUCUGAGCAAAACCGUUGUGGGAAAAAACGUCGUUACUUCCAAUAUGCGGUGGUCCUUCAGUCCCGUGUAUGCCAGCCAUGAUGAUCAUAUCCCGGAAGGAUACCAAUCCUAUAGCACUGGGAAUGCAAAGACUAGAGCCCUGUUCGAAGAAGCCGGAAUGGAUGUUAAUCUUUCUGAAUUCUUCUCGCACUUAUUAAAAUACGACCCCUUGAUCAUAGACCCGAAGCAUCUCGACCCUGAAUCGCCCUCGGAUACAUAUCAUUUCCAUGCUCUCAUUGGCAGUUUCUGGCUCGAUAUUCGCUUGAAGCCUCCGCCAGAUGGAAUGGAUAUGGGAUGGCGCGUCGAGUUUCGGCCUUUGGAAGUUCAGGGGACUGAUUUCGAAAAAUGCCGCUUUGUCGUAUUCAUGGCGCUGAUGAGUCGUACGAUCUCACAUUUUGAUCUGAGCUUCUAUAUUCCCAUGGAACUUGUGAGCGAGAAUAUGCGUCGCGCUGUGAUGAGAGACGCCGUCAAUCAGAAUCGGUUUUGA